AUGCUCUACCAUACAACAUGGCUAAUAUCGAAAUUGGAUCCCCUUAAGUACAUUUUUGAAAAACCAUCUUUAUCAGGCAGGCUAUUUGAGUUUCCAGAUGAAGAUUUGAUGGCAAUCUUGCAGGAUGAAAAUAAAGAGCCUGUAAGAGAAGUAUGGAAAAUAUUUUUUGAUGAGGCAUCCAAUAUAAUGAGGCAUGGCAUUGGAGCAGUGCUAAUAUCUCCAGAAGAGAAUUACUACCCCUGUACCAUAAGGUUAGAUUUCAACUACAGAAAUAAUGUUACUGAAUAUGAAGCAUGCAUCAUAGGGUUACAGAUGGCCAUUGAAAAGAAAAUUAAAACACUAAAAGUAUAUGGGGAUUUAACCUUGGUAAUUUAUCAACUAAAAGGUAAAUGGGAGGCCAGGGACUUGAAACUAAUGUUAUAUCAAAAGCACAUAACUAGCUUGAUGAAACAUUUUAAAGAGAUCCAAUUUCAACAUGUUCCUUGA